GCGUCCGGCCGGCGCGCCCCCUGCAGGAGCCGAGCGCCGGUCCGCCUCCGGGCGCGGGUCGCAGGCGCCCCUCCCCGCCUCGGCGACCUAGCAGCUGUGAGCGCUGCCGCCGCCGCCGUCCAGGAAGGGGACCCGCGACAGAGCAGCGUGCCGCAGGUCGGUCAGAGAGUCAUGCCAGUGAGCCCUGGGCCCCUCCUGAUGUGCCACAGGGCAUCAACCCUCCAGAACGCCAAGGCCAGCCCACCACACUCGAGAGGCCUGCCAGCCCCACCCCAGAGCCCUCUGCGCAGGGCCGCCUCCUCCAGGACAGUCCUCCACUAGCCCGGGAGGAGAGCGUGGCAGGAGCCGUUCCCAGCAUCCAGCAGCGCCUGCUCUCCAUGCACAGCGGCUUCGGUCGUGGCCAGGUCUCUUACCCCAGGAGGAUGGCAGUGCUCGGGCAGCUGAAGCUCCUGCUCUGGAAGAACUACACCUUGCAGAAACGGAAGGUCCUGGUGACAGUCUUGGAGCUCUUGCUGCCCUUGCUGUUCUCUGGGAUCCUGAUUUGGCUUCGCUUGAAGAUCCAGUCGGAAAACGUGCCCAACGCCACCAUCUACCCUGGCCAGUCCGUCCGGGAGCUGCCGCUCUUCUUCAGCUUCCCCCCUCCGGGCACCACCUGGGAGCUCGCCUACAUCCCAUCCCACAGUGACGCCGUGGAGACCAUCACGGAGGCGGCGAGGAGGAUGCUGGUGACCCACAUGAGAGUCCGUGGCUUUCCCUCCGAGAAGGACUUUGAGGACUACGUAAAAUACGAUAACCGCUCCAACAAUGUGCUGGCUGCCGUGGUGUUUGAGCACACCCUCAACCACAGCAAGGACCCCCUGCCGCUGGCGGUAAAGUACCACUUACGGUUCAGUUACACACGAAGAAACUACAUGUGGACCCAAACUGGUUCCUUUUUCCUGAAAGAGACAGAGGGAUGGCACACCACUUCCCUUUUUCCACUUUUCCCAAACCCAGGACCAAGGGAGCCCGCAUCCCCCGAUGGCGGGGAGCCUGGGUACAUCCGAGAAGGCUUCCUGGCCAUGCAGCACGCUGUGGACAGGGCCAUCAUGCAGUACCACGCCAACGCCUCCACACACCAGCUGUUUGAGAAGCUCACUGUGAUCGCCAAGAGGUUCCCUUACCCGCCUUUUAUUUCGGACCCCUUCCUGGUCGCCAUCCAGUACCAGCUUCCCUUGCUGCUCAUGCUGAGUUUCACAUACACGUCCCUCAGCAUCAUCCGGGCUGUUGUGCAGGAGAAAGAGAAAAAGCUGAAGGAGCACAUGCGCAUGAUGGGGCUCAGCGGCUGGCUGCACUGGAGCGCCUGGUUCCUGCUCUUCCUGCUCUUCCUCCUCUUCACCGUCGGCUGCAUGACCCUGCUCCUCUGCAUCAAGGUGAAGAAGGGCGUGGCGGUGCUCACGCACAGCGACCCCUCGCUGCUGCUGGCCUUCCUGCUGUGCUUUGCCAUCUCCUCCAUCGCCUUCAGCUUCAUGGUCAGCACUUUCUUCAGCAAAGCCAACAUGGCAGCUGCCAUCGGGGGCUUCCUCUAUUUCUUCACCUACAUCCCCUACUUCUUCGUUGCUCCUCGAUACAACUGGAUGACCCUCAGCCAGAAGCUCUUCUCCUGCCUCCUGUCCAAUGUUGCCAUGGCGAUGGGGGCCCAACUCAUUGGGAAAUUUGAAGCAAAAGGCACAGGUGUCCAGUGGCCAGACCUCCUGAGUCCCGUCAACGUGGACGACGACUUCUCCUUUGGGCAGGCACUGGGCAUGCUGCUGCUGGACUCCGUGCUCUACGGCCUGGUGGCCUGGUACGUGGAGGCCGUGUUCCCGGGGCAGUUGGGCGUGCCCCAGCCCUGGUACUUCUGCUUCAUGCCUUCCUACUGGCGCGGGAGCCCGAGGACAGCCAUGGGGAAAGAGGAAGUUGAUGAGGACCCUGAGAAAGCGCUCGGGACCGAGUACUUUGAGGCCGAGCCUGAGGACCUGGUGGCUGGCAUCAAGAUCAAGCACGUAUCCAAGAUGUUCGGAGUGGGGAGUGUUAGAAAGGCAGCCGUCAGAGACCUGAGCCUGAACCUGUAUGAGGGGCAGAUCACCGUCCUGCUGGGCCACAACGGCGCAGGGAAGACCACCACCCUCUCCAUGCUCACAGGCCUCUUUCCUCCGACCAGUGGACGGGCGUAUAUCAAUGGGUAUGAGAUUUCCCAAGACAUGGUUCAGAUCCGGAAGAGCCUGGGCCUGUGUCCACAGCACGACAUCUUGUUUGACGACCUGACAGUCGCAGAACACCUGUAUUUCUACGCCCAGCUGAAAGGCUUGUCACACCAGAAGUGCCCUGAGGAGGUGGCCCAGAUGCUGCACACCCUGGGCCUGGAGGACCAGCGGGACUCACACUGCAAGUUCCUGAGCGGGGGCCUGAGGCGCAAGCUCUCCAUCGGCAUCGCCCUCAUUGCGGGCUCCAAGGUGCUGAUGCUGGACGAGCCCACAUCCGGCAUGGACGCUGUCUCCAGGAGGGCCAUCUGGGACCUUCUCCAGCAGCAGAAGCGUGACCGCACCAUCCUGCUGACCACGCACUUCAUGGAUGAGGCUGACCUGCUGGGGGACCGCAUUGCCAUCAUGGCCAAGGGGGAGCUGCAGUGCUGCGGGUCGUCGCUGUUCCUCAAGCAGAAGUAUGGUGCAGGCUACCACAUGACCCUGGUGAAGGAGCCUCACUGCAGCCCCGAGGGCAUCUCCCGGCUGGUCCAGCACCACGUCCCCAACGCCACCCUGGAGAGCAGUGCUGGAGCGGAGCUGUCGUUCAUUCUGCCCAAGGAGAGCACGCACAGGUUUGAAAGUCUCUUUGGUAAGCUGGAGAAGCAGCAGAAGGCACUGGGCAUCGCCAGCUUCGGCGCUUCCGUCACCACCAUGGAGGAGGUCUUCCUCAGGGUUGGUAAGCUGGUAGAUACCAGCAUGGACAUCCAGGCCAUCCAGCUCCCUGCCCUGCAGUACCAGCAUGAGAGGCGGGCGAGUGACUGGGCGGUAGACAGCCACCUGUGCGGGAUGAUGGACCCGACCGCGGGCGCAGGCGCCCUCAUCGAGGAGGAGUGCGCCAACGUCAAGCUCAACUCCGGGCUCGCCCUCCACUGCCAGCAGUUCUGGGCCAUGCUCCUGAAGAAGGCUGCAUAUAGCUGGCGGGAGUGGAAGCUGGUAGCGGCCCAGGUCCUGGUGCCUCUGACAUGCAUCACCCUGGCACUCCUGGCCAUCAACUACUCCUCUGAGAUCCUGGAUGACCCCAUCCUGAAGUUGACCCUGAACCAGUACGGCAGAACAGUGGUGCCCUUCGCCGUUCCCGGCACCUCUCGGCUGGGCCAGCAGCUCGUAGAGCACUGGAAGGACAUGCUGCAGGCCGAGGGCCAGGAGCCACGCGAGGUGCUGGGUGACUUGGAGGAGUUCCUGAUUUUCAGGGCCUCGGUGGAAGGCGGUGGCUUUAAUGAACGGUGCCUGGUGGCAGCGACCUUCAGAGAUGUUGGCGAGCGGACAGUCGUCACCGCCCUGUUCAACAACCAGGCAUACCACUCCCCAGCCACUGCGCUGACCACCGUGGACAACCUUCUGUUCAAGCUUCUAUGUGGCCCUCGGGCCUCCAUCACAGUCUCCAACUUCCCCCAGCCCCGGAGCACACUGCAGGCCGCCAAGGACCAGUUCAAUGAGGGCCGGAAGGGAUUCGACAUCGCCCUCAACUUGCUUUUCGCCAUGGCAUUCUUGGCCAGCACGUUCUCCACCCUGGCAGUCAGCGAGAGGGGCAUUCAGGCCAAGCACAUGCAGUUCGUGAGCGGAGUCCACGUGGCUACUUUCUGGCUCUCUGCUCUGCUGUGGGACCUCGUGUCCUUCCUCAUCCCCACUCUGCUGCUGCUGGUGGUGUUCAAAGCCUUCAACGUGCACGCCUUCACACGGGACGGCCACGUGGCUGACGCUCUGCUGCUGCUGCUGGUCUAUGGCUGGGCCAUCAUCCCCCUCAUGUAUCUCAUGAGCUUCCUUUUCUCGGGGGCGGCCACUGCCUACACAAGGCUGACCAUAUUCAACAUCCUGUCAGGCAUCGCCACCUUCCUCGUGGUCACCAUCAUGCGCAUCCCAGCGGUGAAGUUGGAAGAACUUUCCAGAACCCUGGACCACGUGUUCCUGGUGCUGCCCAGCCACUGUCUGGGGAUGGCAGUCAGCAGCUUCUACGAGAACUACGAGACACGGAGGUACUGCAGGUCGUCCGAGGUCGCGGCCCACUACUGCAGCGAAUACAACAUCCGGUACCAGGACAACUUCUACGCAUGGGAGGCCCCGGGGGUCGGCAGGUUCGUGGCCUCCAUGGCCACCUCGGGACUUGCCUACCUCGCUGUGCUCUUCCUCAUGGAGACCGAACUGCCCCAGAGGCUGAAGACUUGCAUCUGUGCCUCCCGGAGGCAGCGGGCGCUGAUGGAGGCGUACACCCGGACCCCAGCUCUCCCGGAGGACCAGGACGUGGCAGACGAGAGAAACCGAAUCCUGGCUGCCAGCCCGGACUCGCUGCCAGCGCCACCUCUAGUUGUCAAGGAGCUCUCCAAGGUAUAUGAGCAGCGGGCACCCCUGCUCGCCGUGGACAAGAUCUGCCUUGCAGUCCAGAAGGGGGAGUGCUUCGGCCUGCUGGGUUUCAACGGGGCUGGGAAAACCACAACUUUCAAGAUGCUAACAGGGGAGGAGAGCAUAACCACUGGGGAUGCCUUUGUGGGGGGCCACAGCAUCAGCUCUGAUGUCGGGAAGGUGCGCCAGCAGAUUGGCUACUGCCCUCAGUUUGAUGCCCUGCUGGACCACAUGACAGGCCGGGAGACACUUGUCAUGUACGCCCGGCUCCGGGGCAUCCCUGAGCGACACAUCAGUGCCUGCGUGGAGAACACACUUCGGGGCCUGCUCCUGGAGCCACAUGCCAACAAGCUGGUCAGGACGUACAGCGGUGGCAACAAGCGGAAGCUGAGCACUGGCAUUGCCCUGCUUGGAGAGCCUGCGGUCAUCUUCCUGGAUGAGCCGUCCACCGGCAUGGACCCUGUGGCCCGGCGCCUGCUCUGGGACACCAUAGCCAGGGCCCGCGAGUCUGGCAAGGCCAUCGUCAUCACCUCCCAUAGCAUGGAGGAGUGUGAGGCCUUGUGCACCCGGCUGGCCAUCAUGGUGCAGGGUCAGUUCAAGUGCCUGGGCAGCCCACAACACCUCAAGAGCAAGUUUGGCAGCGGCUACUCCCUGCGGGCCAAGGUCCGGAGCGACGGGCAGCAGGAGGCGCUGGAGGACUUCAAGGCCUUCGUGGACCUGACCUUCCCAGGCAGCGUUCUGGAAGAUGAGCACCAGGGGAUGGUUCAUUACCACCUGCCUGGCGAUGACCUCAGCUGGGCAAAGGUGUUUGGGGUUCUGGAGAAGGCCAAGGAGAAGUACGGGGUGGACGACUACUCCGUGAGCCAGAUCUCGUUGGAGCAAGUCUUCCUGGGCUUUGCCCACCUGCAGCCACCCACGGAGGGUGAGGGGCCCUGAGGAGCUGGGCAGGGGCAGAGGGAAUGGGCACUCAGGCAGGCACCUUCGCCCUCUGAGCCCAGCUUGUCCAGCACCUUUACUCUUAAUCACUGUUUCCUGUGAUGGAUAUGAACCAAGGCCUCGUACGGACUGGGCCCGUCAGCACCCUCACACUGGGGAUCAGCAUGCAGACAUCCACGUCUAAGGCCGAUGCCGAAGCCUGGUCUCCAGAACUCAAGAUGCCAGCCCAAGAGCGGGUCCAGCAAUCCGUGUGGGCAUGCCUUGGGGAGUCUCUGGGCAGAAAGCCACCCAGAAAGGGACCUCAGCUGACUCGGGGAUUAAAUUUCCCUCACCGCUCAUGAAGAGAUUCCCCAGUGACCUCUCCACAUUUGCACAAGGCACAGAGCUCCUUUGGGAGUGAAACAGGAACCCAGAACAGGGGGCAGCUGCCCAGAAUGAACAGAAGGUCACCAGUCACCAUCCACGAGGGAGAUGCCAGCCCUGUUUCGGCAUCGAGGUCUUGGCUUCCAGUACAGCUGGGGGCAUCCUGGGGGUCCCUGCUCCUUAGUGUGGACAUUAACUGAGCAGACCCUAUGCCUGGCCUCACCCCACCAGCGUCGGCCAGCAUCAGCCAGCACAGGAAGCAAAGGCGGUCCUUUGGUCCUGACACUGGCCUCUGAAGAUGCCACCAGUGGGAGGCCAGUUGGGGACCACGACGGGACUGAGUGGCCAUCAGGGGAGAAUGCACCUAACACAUGGUGAUUCUGUCCAGAAAAUAAAGGCUGGGAGGGAACACGA